AUGAGCUUUUCAAUCGUACAGGGUCUAAAAGACGAAUGGCUUAACAAACUAAAGACGAAAACAAACCGCAAAGUAUGCAUUUACUACAAGAAAGAGCAUAGGAAAAGCAUUGUAUAUUUCCAAUGCGGUGAUAAACUGGCAAUCGGUGAGCACCGAGAUGACGAUCAUGUUCUUAUCGUGCAGAAGAGCGAUUUUGCAGACAAAACCUGUUUUACAUUCUUUUUGUCGAACGAGAAUGUGCCAAGAAACUUCAACAAAAUACCUAAAAAAUACGCCAAUCACCUUUCGAUCACGCAGUACUACGAGAAGCCGUGCGCACUGAACCAUGUUGUUAGUCCAUGCAAUUACACUCCUCUUGUUCAAGCAGAAAACUCUUGUUCCAUAAAAUGGCGAACCGAACCGCUGUACACGUAG